ACAUUCGGUUUCCCGGUGAGCGCGCGCUUCCCGGGCUGUAGCUGCCUGUCAUCGCUGGGGCUGACAUCACACAGAGGAUUCGCCACAAUGUCAAACAUCCACCAGCAGCGCGAGCUCAUGGCUUCCCCGCGCCACAAUGAGAAGCAUCGCCGCGUUCUCCUGCUCAUUCUCUAAAUACAAAACUCCAUUCAUCUUUUUAUGGGUUUAUUCCAUGUUCCCGGACAGGAUGCGUUUGAGGUCUAUGUGAGUGUGUGAGCCAGGUCAGAGGUCAUGCUGCGGAGGGAAUCUGACUCACACGGCCUCUUUUCCUCCGGAGAGACGUCUGACAAUGACUGUGAGAUGGGGGCGAGCUGUGGAGAGGUAGAUGAAGUGUGUCUGUGCGAGGCCGGUCCCUGUACACUUUAUUCAGAAGCACACACGCCUACGCCGGACACACUGCUGUGUGAACACUGUGGAAAAAACAGAGUAAUGUUAACCAGGUACUCUGAGGGAUACGGCACAGAGGAGGAGUGUGUAUUAUCUGACCCUCAGGGGGAGAGUGAUGCAGAUGCUGAUAUAGAGGAUACAGAUUGCAGACUCCAGGAGCCGGGAUCUCUCCAGCGAAUCAGCUCGCGGAGACGCAAGCGUCCACGGGUAGCGCGGCAAGACACCACAGAGAGUGAAGACGAUGGUGGGAGGAGUCACAGAUCCCAUCGCUGGAACCUCAGGCUCAGUCCUGACAGAGCACACAGCAGAACCAUACUGGAGGAGAGCAUAUCACAGGUCAGGCCGCUGAUCAUCUGCCGGCCAACCACGGAGAGGCAGACGAGUCCAGUCGAGCUGCCCCGAGGCUCCAAGCUGAUGUCUCUGUGGCCGUCGUCCCUCUCUUUUCCUCUUAUCCUCCUCCUCUCGCUGCCCCUCUCCCUCUCCCUCGUCAUUGUUAUCGUGUCUUUCCUCCUACCGUGGGCCAGCGCUUGACCCGACAUUUCUGUACAUCAAUAGGUUCAUUCCAACAACUACACAAAGUUCCACCAACUCCUGAAAUGUAGUGGAUAGCACAAACUGGAAAGAAAUAUGUAUUGGGUCUUUUAAACAAACUAAUAUUUUAGAAAUCUUUAAUUCUGAUGGUUUUUUUUCCCUUCCAGAAAAUAUUAAAAAUACAUUUUUGGAAGGAUUUUAAACAUCUUGUUUUUGGGGGGACAUUGUUGGCCUUUGGGCUCCAUUAAAACCACAAAGACACAGGUUCAAAUAUUACAAUUUUUCAUGCUGCACCUGUUAAAACCACUGUCUGUGCAUUUACAUCCGGAGUCUGGUCACUGAUGAAAACAACAUAAACUCUGCGCUUGCUUCUGCCUCAUACAAUCUCACCUUCCGUCUCACUUCCUCACCCCCUCAUUUGUAAAAAUAGACCUCUCCUCUCGCUCCUUAUUCUAACGAGCCACAGGGGCGAUAUGUCGGGGGGGGGGUGUGUUUCAGGGCUGCGCAGGUACAUUCAAAAAAGGAAAACAUGUAAAAGACGAUGCUGCUGAACUAUGCAAUACCUCUGCUCCUACCGCGGCAUCCCAACUGCUGUCAAAGAACGUCUACUAUGUCCUUGGCAUUGUCGUCACCUUCUUGGCCCCUUUUCUCUCUGAUGAAUAUACUUUAUGAAUGCAGGGACUUAUGGUUCUAAAAUAGAGCAUGACCCAAUUUAAAAAGCAAUAGCAGGAGAGAUCUGAUAUAGCUCCCACCAUGUAUGAUCUGCAGUACAUCUGUUAUUUUAAUGGAGGGAUUACAUGUAGUGUUUUACUUGUUGCAGACUGAUUUAGAAACAGGUGGAUCCUACUUCUUCUUCUUCUUCUGCUUCUUCUUUUCUCCGUCUUCUCCAUCUUCUUAUUCUUCUUCUUCUCCUGGCUACACUUGUAUGUUUUUAGUAAAAUAAGCUGACCUCAAAAUAAAACGAGCUUUAGUGAAACUUAAUUAUGUUAAAGCAAUUUAAACACUUUAAAGUAUUUCACAGUCUUGCAUUUGAAACAUUACUAUCGUGUUUAAUAACAUCCAUGUCAUGUCUAUGUUUAUGAAUUAUUAUUUAAGACGAAAAGUGAGCUUGACAAUCGGUCAUGCUGCUAAUUUCAAGCUGAAAUAACUGGAAAAAGCCAUUUUGCCGUGGCUUCUCUGUACUGUACGUUUGACGUUACCUUGUUUUCGAAUGCUUUCAAAGCCAUGAUUAUAAUUUUUUUUAACACCACACUGAAGUUGCUUGCAUCCCUGUAGAGAAAUGUUUGUUUCUCAAUUAAGAUCAAAUUGUACUGUAUGAGCUAAUUUGAUUAAUGUUAAAGACCUUUUUCCUCUCCCAGCCAUUGUAUUGCCUGUUUUACAUGUUAAAUUAUAUUUCCAUGUGUAUGUUGACCUCUAUUUCAUUGAGCCAUAGAAGUUCAAUAAAACUAGAUUGUA